UUUAACGAUUCGGUCAACUUCACAACAAACUAUGACAUAAAAUAAAACGACGACGUAAAAGGAAACUUCCUGCGUUCAUGUUUUCUUUAAUGUAUGGUUGCUAUUUAAAAUACAAAAAUAUAUCACUCCAAAAUAACCCUAAGACUGUUUAUAAAAUUAUAAUAACACCUUGCCUAACUCGUGCAUGGAAGUUAAUUACAUUCGUAGACUCAACUAAACGAUUGACUUCUAAGCCAACGUGCGUCUCGUGCUCACAAUUUACAAUUGCACACCAACGAAUCCGCACAAAUAGGCAUGCAUAUCUUCUUCCUUCUUUUUUUGAUUAAAGAUAUGCAUAUCUAUGAGAUUAUAUAUAGUACAGACAUAUUAGGGAAAGGUAAGCGCACAAUAUAGAGUUGAGAAAAUAUGGGGUUGAAAGACAAAAGCUUGGCCAGGAGAUUUUUCAUGUUUUAUCUAAUGCUAACGUCAUUGUCGUUUUUGGGUUUGGUCUUAACGUUUAGACAUCUGUUUAUACUUAAUCUCAUGAUCAGUUCUCCUUCGAUAAUUGAGAUCCAUUAUUCUUUACCGGCGCCGGUUAACGGGGCCCCGAGAUGGCUCCGACUCAUCAGGAACUAUCUUCCCGAUCAAAAAAAGAUACGGGUGGGUCUUCUCAACAUCGCCGAAAACGAGAGAGAGAGCUACGAGGCAACCGGGACGCGGAUUCUUGAGAAUGUACACGUUUUGCUCGACCCCCUUCCGAAGAAUCUGACAUGGGAGAGUUUAUUCCCGGCCUGGAUCCACGAGGAUCCCAGGUGGAGCACGCCGAGGUGUCCUGAAGUCCCUCUCCCUCAAGUGGAGGGUACGGCAGCUGACGUGGACGUGGUCGUUGUAAAAAUGCCGUGCGAUGGGUUUUCUGAGAGUAAAGGGUUGAGAGAUGUGUUCCGGCUACAGGUGAAUCUGGCGGCAGCAAAGUUGGCGGUGGAGAGUGGGCGGAGGAACGUUGAACGGACAGUGUAUGUUGUCUUCAUUGGGUCAUGUGAGCCCAUGCAUGAGAUCUUUAGGUGUGAUGAACGCGUGAGGCGCGUGGGGGAAUAUUGGGUGUAUAGACCUAAUCUAACAAAGUUGAAGCAAAAGCUUCUCAUGCCUGUUGGUUCUUGUCAGAUUGCACCACUGAGUACAGUACUCGAUCAAGAAGCAUGGAGACAGCAAAAGAACGAAAGUCACUCAUCAACAACCACACGUGUCGCCUACGUGACGUUGCUCCACUCAUCGGAGAACUACGUAUGUGGGGCGAUAGCUUUAGCACAAAGCAUAAGGCAAUCUGGCUCGAGGCAUGACAUGAUACUCCUCCACGACCACUCUAUAACUAACAGAUCUUGCAUAGGCUUAAGCCUUGCCGGCUGGAAACUACGUCUUGUAGAGAGAAUCCGCAGCCCUUUCUCCGUUAAAGAUUCUUACAACGAGUGGAACUACAGCAAGUUACGUGUGUGGCAAGUAACAGAUUACGAUAAGCUAGUGUUUAUAGACGCAGACUUCAUUAUCACCAAGAAUGUUGAUUAUCUUUUCUCAUAUCCUCAACUUUCAGCUGCUGGCAACAGCAGAGUCUUGUUCAAUUCCGGAGUCAUGGUUCUGGAGCCAUCAGCUUGUCUGUUUGAGGAACUGAUGCAGCAAUCGUUAAAGAUCGAGUCUUACAAUGGAGGAGACCAAGGAUUCCUAAACGAAUACUUUGUGUGGUGGCAUAGGUUAUCAAAACGUGUAAACACGAUGAAGUACUUCGGUGAAGGAACCAAGAUCGGUCCAAAACGCAACCUCCCGGACCACUUAGAGGGGAUACACUACUUUGGGAUAAAACCAUGGCUAUGUUAUAGAGACUACGAUUGUAACUGGGACCUGACAACGCGGCGUGUGUUUGCAAGCGAGUCGGUUAAUGAGAAAUGGUGGAAAGUGUACGACGAGAUGCCUGAGAAGUUACAACAUUAUUGUGGCUUGACUAGUAAGAUGGAUACGAACCUUGAGAACUGGAGGCAAACCGCAAAGCUCGAGGGUUUUCCUGAGGAGCAUUGGAGAAUUGAAGUGAAAGAUCCAAGGAAGAAGAACCUUGUUGAUUAAGUCACUGAUAGCGUUUUUGGUGUUUGAUAGGGCUUGAGAGAUAUGAGGGCUUGCAUGCAUGCAUGAAAGAAUUUGGGUUUUUAUUGGGCCUUCGUGAAGGAGUUUGUAAUUGUUGUUUUCCCUUAUU